AUGCGGAUUAUAACAACCUUUUUCCAUCCAGGUUUCUUUAAAUCGGAUCAUCGGACGAAGAAGAGGUUUUCGAGAGAUUUAUUGCAGAGAUUUAUGGUGAAUAGUACCAAUUUAGGAGAUCCGAGAGGAUCCGACCCGGAUGAUGAAGUAGAGCUGAAUCUCGGAUUGUCGUUAGGUGGAAGAUUUGGUGUUGACAAGAGUAAUAGCUCGUUGGUAAGGUCGUCUUCCAUUGCUGCGAUUUUGCCGGUGGUAAGGGACGACGACGACGUUUUGGGGGUUAGACAAGGGGGAACCGGAACCGGUCAUGGUGGCGCUUAUUCGAGUUUGAUUAGAACGGCGUCGUUGCCGUUGGAGUCGGAGGAGUGGAGGAAGAGGAAGGAGCUCCAGAGCUUGAAGAGGCUCGCGGCGAAGCGACGGCGGUCGGAGAAGCAGAGGAAUCUGACCAAGGUUGAGCGGGAGGAAUAUGUAGCAGCUAUAGGAAAAGGACCACCACCAUCGUUGGGAUCUGGUCGCUGGGAUUUUGGCGUCGCGACAAAUACUGCCACAUCCGACGGCAGCGGCGGGGGGCUCGCUCCACCGUCGUUGCCGGGAUCGGUGGAAUCACAAACUUCAAGCAAAUCGGAAUUCGAGAGCAGGCAUCUUCAAGGAUCCAGUAACGAAAGCGAAACUAGCCAACCAAGCAAUCAGGACGGGAGCAGUUCAUCGAGGUCGAAAAUGGCGGAUCCUGCACUCCGAGUUUCGAGACCCAAAACAGAAAAUCCAUCAAAUAACAACAAGGGGAAAGAGCUCGGGAUGAAUACAUUCGACAUGCCAUGUGUGUUCACGCAAGGAGACAGCCCUAGUGGCAGAAGAAUCGAAGGAAUCCUGUAUAAAUACGGGAAAGGUGAAGAAGUGAAAAUAAUGUGUGUUUGUCACGGCAGUUUUCUGUCGCCGGCGGAGUUUGUGAAGCAUGCCGGUGGGACAGAUGUCGUACACCCAUUGAAACACAUAGUUGUAAACCCUAAUUCUUCUUACUUGUAAUCCUGUGUUUUAUCAUAAACCCUAAUUAUUCUUACCUGUUCUUUGUUUUUCUAGUAUUUUAUCAAACUCUGUAUUUAAGAUGCUAAUCACUCGUAAUUUGUCUCGAUUUUGGUUUAA